GAUCAGAAGCCAAACAUGUGGCGAUGGCUCCGCCGCAACGGGGAGCAAGGCGCCGAUUCAAUCCACCUCCCUCCUCCCUUUCCCUAUCCAAGUCUACCUUCAAUGCACCUCGUUUGUUGUCGUCAAUUCCUCGUCUUUUUAAUCUGCCGCUCGCAAGGACGCGGCUUGCUCUGCCAGCAGGCAUCGAGCUUCUCGUGGUCCCCGGUGAGCAGCCAUGAAAACCCAUCGCCUCGUACUUCGCCGUUCCGGAGGCCUGAUGCCAUCCGGAAUCCCGAGCAAGCCGAAGCUCGGCCUUAGAGUUCUCGGAAUCUUCUCGGCGUGGCCGAGGCUUGCGUCCUUUGCGCCCGUGAAAGCCAGCUCGGGCGUCGGGGACACCUCCGUCUCGCAUUCGACCAUCGUUCCCGCUUCCGCGGCCGAACCGGGGCAUCGAAGGGAUCCCGUGCUGGGUUCUUUGGAAGUUGAUGACGUGGAAGAGAAGCUCGAAAAGGUGAUAUAUAGGUGCCGAUUCUUCGCGUUCCUCCCGGUGGCUGGUUCUCUGAUGGGUUCCAUAAUCUGUUUUCUCAAGUCAGCAAUCUUAACAAUACCAAGUGCUGUGCAGGGUUGCACAUCUGUGAUAGAUUCAUUCGGAGAAUAUUUUUUGAGUGGUGGGAAAGUGAUUCUGAUGUUGGUUGGAGCCAUUGAUGUCUAUCUUAUUGGAACUGUGAUGCUUGUGUUUGGAAUGGGUCUCUACGAGCUCUUCAUCAGUAAUUUUGAUAUAGCAAAAAUGUCCUCCUCUGGAUCAAACCUGCUUGGAUUAUUCAAACUUCUGGAACGACCUAGGUGGCUGGAAAUAAAGUCAGUCAAUGAAUUGAAGACUAAGGUGGGGCACGUCAUAGUGAUGGCUCUAUUGGUUGGGAUGUUUGAAAAUAGCAAGAAGGUCACAAUAUCUUCUCCAGCAGAUUUACUAUGCUUCGCAGCUUCUAUUCUGCUGUCUUCAAGUUGCCUUUAUCUUCUGUCAAAGCUUCAUGCCACCAAAUGAAGUAAGCACGCCUGAGCUCUUCCACUCGGCUGAAGCAGGAACCCUAGAAUGCAAUGCAUGGGUGGCCUCCAGCUGCGCUUCGACGGUGCCGAAAAAUCCAUGCCCCAGAAAGCUCCUCAAGGAUAUACAUGGUAGAUACUUGAUGCAGUGGCAGGCACCCACCAACCCGGGACAUAGCCCCAGUAUCGGCCAUGGCAUCCCUCAUAAGAUCUGAAUAUGAUAUUAUUCUGUUCUGGUUAAAAUGUUGCAUGAACCGGUGUGCUCCUGUUGUACGCGCAUGUGAUGUAUUGCCAUAGAGUCUUAACUUGUUUCCUAUCAUAAAGCUUCAUGCAGAUCUCCUUCUUGUCA